AUGCCGCCCACUCUCUACGUCAUUCGCCAUGGUCAAGGUGAACAUAAUGUCAACGACCAGAGUCAUCUAAAGGACCCUUUGCUUACCGAUACUGGCAAAGCCCAAUGCAAAAGUCUCCAAGAACAUUUCCCAUUUCUGCAAGAUGUUCAAGCCAUCGUUGUCUCUCCUCUCAGACGCACCAUACAGACUGCAGCCUUUGUAUUCGCACCAGAGUUAGAAAAGCGCCAAUUGCCUAUCAUUUUAGCUCCCGAUGCGCAAGAAAUCAGUCACUUGGCGUGUGACCUUGGAUACGAUGCCGAUGUUAUCAAAUCACAUGCACCAAAUCUAAUUGCCAAGGCCGUGCCUUCGUACAAUGCCAUUAACUUGGAUGCAACCCUCGUGGAUGAGUCGUGGAACUUAAAGAAAGGGAUAAAUGCGCCUACCCUCAGUGCCGUUCGUAGUAGAGCUUCUCGGCUACGGAACUGGAUCUACAAUCGCCCAGAAAAGCAUAUCGCACUUGUCACUCAUGGUGGCUUCUUGCAUUACCUCACAGAGGACUGGAACGGUUAUGAGAAAGCUAAUGGUAUAGGACUGGUUACCGAAAUUGUGAAUAUCGAAAGCUAG